GUGGCUUGGUACUUGACCACGAACUUGUCUCUUCCAACGUCCUCUGCUUGUCCCAGUCUUCCUUUAUUUAUCUUUUAAUCGACAGUAAGGAUGGAUUCACGUAUUUUCAAGCCACAGCGCUCUACAGAGGCACCUAUGGACUUCCAAUUUACCUCACGGCCAAGCUCAAAUGUAAAACCAGCUUGGGCUUCGGGCGCAGGGGAUGAGGACCCUAGUACCCCCAAAAAACGGACCCACGACGACUCGACCCUAACGGUACCGUCAACACCGACAUUUGGUUUCAACCAGAAUGUUCCAUUCAUUUUUCAAACGCCAUCGCGUCAGCCACCCCAGCCGUAUCCAUGGGCGCCACCUCCAAACUUCUCACCAGCAAAGGCGUUCCCGCAGCCGGUUCCUUCGGAAGAGGACGUUAGAGAUAUCGAUAUGUCAGAACUUAGUCCACCCAAGUGGGAGGAACCCAAGUCAGAGCAUGGAAGACCCAUUGCGACAGGUGCUCUGCGACGGGUUUUCCGAGCUCGCCAGAAGGCCAACGGUCGUCAGCUGUCAAAGAUGGACAAUCACGACGAAGAGGAUGAUGAUGAUGAUGAUGAUGAUGAUAAUCUAGACAGUGAGGAAGAGAACGUCGACAGAGGCGUUGCAUCUAUAAACCAAAAUACGUCGAAUCACUACACGCUGAAUCUGCCUUCUCCUCCCGCGCCUCAAUCUGAUACGCCGUACAUCCUACUCGGGUACCUCCAGUUUUUCUUCAAUCUUUCGCUCAUUCUAGUCUUUCUCUAUCUUGUCGUGCAAUUCAUAUUGACGGUGCAACGAGAUGUCGAGCACCGAGUUUCGGAGUAUUCCGCAGACAUUAUCCAGGAGAUAGCCAUGUGUGCUUUGCAAUACAAGAACAACCUUUGCGAAUCGCCAUUACCGGCAAUGGCACAGCAAUGUGCUAAUUGGGAGACAUGCAUGAAUCGGGAUCCGACGACACUUGGCCGUGCCAGAGUCGGUGCCGAACUGAUUGCGGAAGUUGUAAAUGGGUUCGUUGAGCCCAUCAGCUGGAAGACUCUGGCAUUCACGCUGACAUCCCUGUCCUUUUUAACUGUGUUCAUCAAUGCGCUACUUUCAUUAUACCGUUCGCGACAUCACUCGCCUCCCCAGGCGCCACCCACUCAUAAUACCCAGUACCCCAUCCAUCCACCAACUCCGUAUCCGCCGCAUCAGUUCGGUGGUUACCUAUCUCCAGAUCGCACGCCAACCUGGAGUAGAUCGUGGAAAGGGACCGACCACGAUGAAGACAUGCAAACUCGGACGAGACGAAGACGGCUGGAAGGAGGUGGUGCGGUAAAGAUUAAAUAGCCAAUGUUGUCCAGGCAUGAAUAUGGGAUAUAGUUUCAUCUAACCUUGUAUUCACUAGUUGUGGAUCGGAAGAAUCUUAUCUGACCUAAGGACACGGAGGGUUU